CGGGGAUUAUAGUUCACUGGGAAUUAAUUAAGUAUUAGCAGAUUUUAUUUCGUUCAAACUUCAAGGACCGUUCCUAGGCGAAGGCCGAAUUCACUGCGUAAUAUGAAGGGAACAUACUUGAAAACUUGGGUAUUUUGCGUACUUGCUAUACGGAGUCUUUUCGACGGGAUUGACGAGUACCUUAUUGCAGCGUCAGCCUGGUAUUAUGUGAAAUCACUAGGAGGAGACAAAACUUUUUUCGGCAUCGUCAUGACUGCAUACCAAUUCAGCGCUCUUCCAUUCAGUCCUAUCAUCGGAAGACUAGCAGACAAAUUUGGUCAUGUUAAAUUCAUCAUCGUCGUUAGUUUGUUUCUUAGGGCUACCGGCUACGUGAUCUAUUCAAUCCCAGUCUCAGCCUAUUUUCCCUUAGUAGGAAGAUUAUUAGCUGGUAUUUCCAGUGGAUCUGGUGGAGUAUUUCUUGGACAAGUAUCAUUGUACACACCUAAGAGAUCUCGCGCACAAUUUUUCAUUGUAUUGGAAGUGUUAUUUACUUUGGGAACUCUUUUGGGGCCAACCGUCGGCGUAUUUUUGACCUUCAAUGUUAAUAUCCUUGGUUGGAAAAUUGAUGCUGGUAAUUCUCCAGGAAUUGUUAUUGCUCUAGUGUGGUUUGUAAUUUUCCUAAUUUCGCUGUGGUUACCGAAGGAGUUUGGAACAGUGAUGGUGAAAGAUGACGAGGACGAGGGCGAUGACGAUGAUCCUGCGACUCGCGACUGGAGUAAACGGACAAAAUAUAUUUCUUAUUCUGCAAUUUUUUUUAUAUUUUACCUGGUCAUUUUAGGCCUCUUUUUCUCAAACACGGUCGCAAUUUAUGUUCCCUUGCUUGCAGAAAACCACUUCCAUCUGCAAUUCAUUCAUGUGAAAAUGUUAUUCCUUGUUUGUUCUUUAUUUUCUAUGGUUCUUUUCAUCGUGUUCUACAUUGCUGCGAAAUAUUACCAUGAGACUCAAUUGCUAAUUGUUUCGAUGAUAAUGCAGGUAUCUGCAAUAUUUUUAUCAACCUUUAUCGCUUUUAGUUGGGAUAGUGGGUUUGGUGUUUACGGUGGAUAUAUUCUCAUUCCUUACAUCUGUCUUGGAUUGCCAUACCUUUCAUAUUCUUUAGGUUCUUCGCUCUUGUCUAAAAUAACACAUCCAAAAGACGCCGCUUUUUACCAAUCCUCAUCGCUUGCCGCACUUCACGUAGGAUUUUUGUUGGGUGGUUUGCUCUCAUCCAACAUAUUCUCCAAGACAUCGCUUUUGUGUUAUUGUUUGGUGCAGUUUUUAUGCUGGGCACUUAGUGCUGUCUGGUUUGUUUUCCAGUAUCCCUACUUACGAAAUGCAGGAGUGGAUGUAAUUUAACUUGGCUUGAAGUACUUUUAUGCUGGCUUUUAACAAUGGGGGACCGGUACCGAAAUAUGCGUAAUUACGCCACGCGAAAAUGUUAUUAAUAAUGAUGUUUUGAAAAAAGAUAUUCAGUCAUAGCGUAGCCCAGGCUUUGAAUGCAAUUUUUAUAGAAGACACCUUAUACGACUAAAAUUUUAGGUUCUAUACUCUCAAACUGGCGGACUAUUGGCCAAACCAGCGAGCAUUUUUCUCGAAUAAACGUUAUAGGUCCUGUUUACAAUAUUGCGGAUUUGCAUGCAUGGUCACGAUAUGAAAACUAACCAAGUCAAAGGGAGUUUUACUCCUGAAAGUAUGUGAUAACAUUAUUGCUUUAACA